CCUCGGCAUCCAUCAUGCAGACAGGAUCUUGCUGGGAGAGCUCUGCCUGUCAUAUUGCACGGUCAACAUGACGCCAGCACUGGUGCAUUGAAGCAGUGCCAACACAGCAACCCUUAUAAAGUCCUUCUCCCUGAUGUGCCGUGCUCUUGCUCCCAUUCCUCAAUUGCUUUGUAGCUUCCAUCAUGCUCACUCACGUUCUCACUGUCGCCUUCUUGGCUGCCAGUGCCAUUGCACAUGGUGAUCAUGCUCACGACCAGAUCCCAAUUCAAGGCCCUCACAAGGCAUUAUGGUACAACACUCUUCCUGGCGAUGGCGGAACUCAAGCCGAUUCUGUUUUCUCUGGUAUCUCGACAUUUGGUCGUCUGCCAUACUUCCCAUGUUUGGCAUCUGAUGACGUGAAAUAUGACAUUGCCUUCAUCGGUGCUCCAUUCGAUACGGGAACUUCGUAUCGACCCGGUGCUCGCUUUGGUCCAUCAGGAAUCCGUCAAGGUUCUCGCCGUCUCAAUCUUUAUGGUGGAUACAAUGUUCCUCUGGAGACCAAUCCAUUCAACAGCUGGGCUACAGUCCUAGACUGUGGAGACAUUCCUGUCACCUCAUAUGAUAACACUUGGGCUCUCCACCAAAUCGAAGAAGGACACAACUCCAUCCUCACUCGUGCUCCAGCAACCGAUGCCAAGAAGAAGGGCCCAUCCAAGGCCGGCAAGACUCUUCCUCGUGUCAUCACGCUUGGAGGAGACCAUACCAUCACCCUUCCUCUUCUGCGUUCCGUGAACCGUGCUUACGGUCCCAUCUCUGUCAUCCAUUUCGACUCUCAUCUCGACACAUGGAAGCCAAAGGUCUUUGGAGGAUCACCGAGCAAAGUGGCUAGCAUCAACCAUGGAACAUACUUCUACCACGCAGCUCAAGAAGGAUUGCUCGCCAAUGAUACCAAUAUCCAUGCUGGAAUCAGAACCACCUUGAGCGGCCCAAGUGAUUAUGAGAAUGACGGAUACUGUGGCUUUGAAAUUGUAGAAGCUAGGGAGAUUGAUACCAUUGGAAUGGACGGCAUCAUCAAAAAGAUCAAAGAUCGUGUUGGUACUACCAAGCCUGUGUAUUUGUCCAUUGACAUCGAUACUCUCGACCCUGCCUUUGCGCCUGCCACUGGCACUCCCGAGACAGGUGGAUGGUCCACUCGUGAGCUUCGCACAAUCUUGCGCGGACUCGAAGGUAUCAACCUCAUCGCAGCAGACAUCGUCGAAGUCGCUCCAGCAUACGACACCAACGCCGAACACACCACCAUGGCCGCCGCAGACGCUCUAUACGAGGUGAUGAGCUUGAUGGUCAAGAAAGGACCUUUGAGCAAGAUGAUCGAAAGCGAAGAGGAGGCUGUGAGAGAUGAGAUGUAAAUGGUUGGGUGGAGAGAAAUAUUAAUCGUUAUGUGGAGGAUGAUAAGAAACGCCACAAAAUGUCGUGAUCAGGUAUCAUGAGAAAUGAUUAGGAGCGCUUUGAAUUUGUGGCUAGGAAAAGCACGCAUACCCCCACGAUGGAAAUAGCCACUAUUGAGAAGAUCUGAAACAACAAUU